AUGAAUAUAGAAAAUAUUGAAUAUAAAAAUUUGUCUAGUUUAGAAGAGAAGUUGCAUAAUUAUUUAUCAUUCAUAGAAAAAAUGAUAAAAUUAAUUAAUGGAAAUAUAGAUAAAUUAAAUGAUUAUAUAAAUAAUAAAUAUAAUGAAAUAAAAAUAUUAUCAAGUAAAAAACCUACUAGAAUAAAUUGGAUGAAAACAGAAGAUAGAAUGCAUAUGUCUUUGUUUUUUGAUAAAAAAAAUGGCUUUGUUCCAUCUAAUGAAGAUGCAUUAAAAACACUUCAUUUUCAGUCAAAAUUUUUAAACUAUCGAAAAAAAUAUGAAUAUAAAAAAAAUCCUUGGACUAAAAAAGAUAUUGAUAUGCUAUUUAAAACUGUAGAGAAAAUUUCCAAAAGGUAUGCAACUCACUAUCUAAUAGAUCCUGAUUUACCAUAUGAAUUAAAAGAACAAAAACAAAAAGAAAUAGCAAAAAGUGAUCCUAAAAGUAUUUUAAGUAAGUUAAAAUUAUAUUUUGAUGAACAGACUCAUAGAAAAAAAAAAAUAACAGAGGGACAUGAAAAAUCAAGUAAAGUAAAAAUAAGUGAUAUAUGUGGAGAAAAUUCAGAAUUAAAUAAUUCAGAUAGUGUAAAGAAUCGAAAAGAAGAAAUACUAAAUGAAAAUAAUAAAACUUCAAGCCAAAAUGUACCAAUAGAAAACUUUACUAGUUUUGCUCUAAAAUUUUGGGAAGAGGUUUCUGAAAAUUUGAAUAAUUCACAAAACUCGAGGGAGUGUCAAAAAAUGUGGUUAUAUCAUGGAUGCUUUGAAGAUGAAAAGAAAAAAUGGACAGAAGAAGAAAUAAAAAAAUUAUUAUUUUUAAGUAAAAAAUACAAAAGGAAGGAAUGGAAAUGUAUAGCAAGAGAAUUAAACACAAAUAGAAGCCCUUUAAGUUGUUUCGAAGAAUAUAUUAAAAUAAAUAAAUUAUAUGAAACAAAAGAAAACAUAAAAUUAGAAAGAAUAGCUUUUAAUGUUUUAGAAGAUAUACAAUUACAAAUUUUAGUAUCUAUACUUGGUGAUAAAAAUUGGUAUGAUAUUAAAAAACAUAUGGAAAGUCUUAACACUAAUAUUAAAAGAAUUGAAAAGAGAAAAAAUUGUUAUGCAAUUGAAAAUGAAAAAAAAAAAAAAAAAUACAUUAAUGAUGAAAUAUCCUAUAAAAGAAGAUACUUAAGAUUAAUCAAUGCAAAAAAGGAACAAAAAGAGAACAUUAAGUAA